AUGCCUGACAAAGGUUACUCGUACAAAAGCUCCGGCACCAACAGCCAGGGAAACCAUUACUGCGCCCGAGACUACGGCAGCAGCGCUUCUAAUCAGAACUCUUAUCAUUACUCGAACCAAGACGGGUCCUAUUACUACUCCAACUCCAAUGGCAGCACCUACCACAACAACGGGAAUGGGCAAUCCACCUAUACUCCCCCCAGCAGCAAUAGCCAAAGCUCCGGUGGCUCCAAGAAAUAA